AUGUAUGCCAGGUUGGCCUGUUUGUGUCUGUGGAUACAGUCAGUUUUAAAUUUGGCAGAUUGUAACCUGCACUCAAAAUUCAAGGAAUUCGACGAGCUGACACCAGAUAAUUUUACUGUGGUUGUAAAAAGAAAUGCCGUUUCUGGACAAGCACAUAUGAAAAUAGUGACUUUCUUCGCGCUGAAAAAAUAUUUUGUUCUGCAUCUCGUGCCCGGGUCACCAGUGUUACGGAAAGAUUUCCAGGCCCACAUGGUGGACGGUGACGGAAGAAUAACCCCGGUUCACGUCGAUCAGCAAAUAUUCUAUACUGGCUAUCUUAACGGCAACCCACAGCACAGUGUGGAUGCUGUACAUACGGACGACGUGUGGAUAGCUCAGAUCCACAGCCCAGACGAUGUGUAUUCCAUUGAGCCACUCACUCAUCACGUACCAGACUCGCCUGCCACUUUGAUGCUCAUCUUUAAACAGCGAGAUAUUAAUAGUUCAAUCUUCAAUGGCUAUAGCCAUGAUAAUGCCACCUUACAUCCUUUCUGUGAGGAAGUGCAGUUUAAACAAUAUCCGUUGUCAGAUUCGCUUGCAGUUAAACAAAGAAGCCACAUCAAGAAGAAUACUUCAGUAAAAACAAGCCCACAUACAAGAAAAGCUAGACAAAGUGAGAGGGACAUUAACAGUCAAUUAAGAGAUAACAUAUUCAUGGAAAAUCGACAUUCAGAAACACACUUGUCCAAAGACAACCAUUCUAAAGUGCAGUUCAUGAAACACCAAGACCUUUGGAAAAGAUCAAAUUUCCAACGCAAAUUUACCACACACGACACGUGCGAAAUGCUCGUCAUCGCGGAUUUCGAAGCCUACAAAGGUAUUGGACAGAGCAGUAUUUUCCGGAUGAUAUCGAUCUUCGUCUUCCUCUACCAGUCGCUAGAUCGAAUAUAUAGAGCCACGUAUUUUGGCAUUUUAAGAAACCUUGGCAUCGUUAUUGCCAAAUUUAUUGUGCACACCGAAUAUACCGCUGUAGUUGACAACAACCAUUACAAUAUGGCCAAAAAUAAAAUGUCUGGGAUAGAUACUUUGGUGGCUAUGGCUAGGGUUUCCAACUUUAGCAACUUCUGUCUGGUACAUCUGACCACCCAGAGACAUUUCGGAGGGACGCUGGGCGUGGCGGCCACGGCUGAGGAGUUCAGUGACGCCUGGGGUAACGGGAUAUGUGCCAUGAGUUUGAUGGAAGCCCGCAACAUCGGUCUGAGCACCCCAAUCACGGCUAAAGGACAGGUCAUGCCAUUCACAACGUACCUUCUAGUAAUUGCUCAUGAGCUUGGGCAUAACUGGGGAUCGCAUCACGACCCCACAGACGACCCCGAGUGCAGCCCUUCCAGCGAGAACGGUGGGAAGUACAUCAUGUGGGCUUACUCGGGACACGCCUCCUCCUCCAACGCCAGGAAGUUCUCACCUUGUGCUAGGCGGGAAAUUGCCAGGGCAUUAAAUGCGAAGGCCCACAUGUGUUUCAUGCCUAGAAACCUGGCGGUGAAAGUGUGUGGCAACAGCAUCGUUGAGCCUGGAGAAGACUGUGAUGUCGGAUACUUGAAAGACGACCCUUGUUGUACCCAACGCUGCAGAUACCAAGAUAAUGCUGUCUGCUCCCCUAUCAAUAAUCCGUGUUGCACCAGCUCGUGUCAGAUAGCGCCUCCGACGCAGAAAUGUUUCGUUGACAUUCAAGAUUGCCACCAAGAUGCAUUUUGCUCUGGCACUGAGUCCCACACUUGUCCUGAACCACAACCAUUGCCAAACAACUCCACUUGUCAAAGCCUGGGUAAAUGCUGGCAGGGCAAAUGUGUGUCCUUCUGUGAGCUGUUGGGAGCGACCUUCACCCCUACCCGUCGUCUGAUCGAUUGUGUCUGCGACAAAGAUCGCAUAUCAAUGUGCUAUCACUGUUGCUGGGACCCAGAGAUUAUGCAAGCAUGUACCAAAAUGGGAGGGACUAAAAUAGAUGGCACACCAUGUAUGCUGGGUGUUUGUGACAAGGGGAUGUGCAUGGAAACGAAAAUGACUGAUAGUUUUCUUUUUGACAAAAUGGCUCAGCCUUCGAGGGGAUCAAACAAUUUUCGCCCGUCAGGUUUCAAUGAUAUACUUGUAGCUAUUACUGCUAUAUGUCUUGGAUGGCGGAGACUAAUUCUAUAG